CUACGAUAUAAGUAGUGUGCGUUAUGACGCGCGGCUCACUCUAGUCUACAAUAAGCAGACAUGAUUUCACAACGACAGUUUUCCAUUUUACUUUGCGCCGUGUUUGCGCUACUAUCGCUUACAACUGCGAUCCCUGACAGCGCUGGACAACCACCACUACCCGGCCCAGGUCUUUCUUAUGGUGGCAUUCCCUAUGGCAGUAUGAGCGGCAACGUUGCAGAAUAUUUUAAACGACAAGCGCCAUCUUUCGUCCGAGGAAGAAUACUCAGCGCCGCCUCUCACAACGAUGUCGACUACGCGCCUGUUGAACAGUGGCUAUGACGUCAAAUAUCUCACUAAUUGGAGUUUUAUUGAGUGUUAAUUCAUGAAAAAAAAUCCUCGGAUUAUUAAAUUUUUACUUAGGUUUUAUGAUGUAGCUAUCAUGUAAUAUGAUAAAAAAAUAUCAGAAGUAAAAACGUUGAAAUUGGUGGUGUUACACACAACUAGUCUUAUUUACAGCCACAAGAUGGCGUUAAAUUAUA